UGAGCGCAGUGUGGGUAGACGUUAGUCAUGUUGCCGGGGUAGUCGCCAUGUUGAUUACUCUGUGCUAUGUUUACCUGUGGAUUCGCCUGCAGAAAUGCUAUGCCAUGAUCAUUUUUCGGUCCGUGCGGCGCUUCCACCGCAUGUCUAGCCUUACCUUCACUGCGUUGCCGCCGGACAGCGAGGCCCGGCCUUACAGCUCUUCUGCAACUGUCCAGGAAAACAUCUGUGUUCGUCUGGCCGAUAGGGCUUUCCUCCUGGCUGAGCCCCAAAAGCUUUGUGAUGACUUGAGUAAAUGGUCACUGCACCCUGAACCUGUGAUAGCUAGCACUGAACGCAAGCAGCGGACACAACAAAUAACUUUUCUGAUAGAAGCUAUCUUCGGAAAUGCUAGUUUUGAUACAUUCUCUGUUUCUUCUGAAAAAAUUUUAAGGUAUUCUGACUUAUGUGUACCAUUGGCAUAUUUGCUUGGGAACCCAUACAAACUAAUUGCUGAAGCAAAUGUGGAUGAUUUUAGCAGGCUUGGUGUUGCCUUCAUGGAGAACAGACUACAGAUGGAUAAUGGCAUGGUACCUCAAAAAAUCGUUUCUCUACAGCUCAAUGAAUCUGUUCAAAUGAAAUUGCUGGAAUCAAGUGUUGGGUUUCAAAAAGAGUGGCAGGAGCUUGGUCAUCUCCAGGAUCUUGAUAUUGCAAUGGAACCAUGUCAUAAAAGUACUUUAAUCAAACCAGUGACUGAGCAAAAUGUGGGUUCAUGUGGUGAUACCUGCAGUACAGUUGGUUCUACUGAGAAACUUUGUCAACCAGAAAUGGAUGAACUUAAGGCCAUUCAAAAUAAAGAGUUUCAUAUCACCCAAGAGGCAAAGGAACUCGAGGAACACGAAGGCUAUUGCCUUCACCUUGCCAGUUGCUCUGAGUGUUUGGAGUUGGAAAACAGCACCAUUGAGUCAGUCAAAUAUGCCUCGGCAGAAAACCUACUGGACCUCCCUGAUGAUUAUUGUGAAAGCUCUGAUGAAACAGUGGUUGGGGAGGACAAUUUUACAAUAAACACAGGACAAAGUAACAAGAAUGGGAAACCUCCCAAUGUAUUGAUCUAUGUUGGCUCUGAUUACAGUCAGUACUUGGUAAAAUUUCAGCAAAUAAAAUCCGUCCUUUUGGAUUGCCUUAACAAUGAAAGCUAUGUGAUCUAUCCCCUUCUAGAAGAGCAGGUUCUAAAAGUUCCUUGGGUUGAUAAUUCUCUAUUGCUGGUUGUGGCGUGUGAUGAUCCAGUGCCUGAACAGAUUCAUGCAAAGUUCAUGACCUACCUAUCCAAAGGUGGGAAGAUCUUGGGACUGUGUACAUCAUUUUCUUUUGGUGAGAUAAAAGUAGCUGUCAAAAAAGAACUGAAAGGAAAGAUUCACAGAUGGUUCUUCACUAAGUCUGACAGCAAGGACAUAACCCUCCAUGCUUUUACCAGUGGCAAAGCAUUCUUAAGAGAAACCAAAAAUGCAGAGGAAGCCACAGAAGAUCUUGAGCUAUGGGGGAGUUUGGCUAAUCCUGAAAAGGACAUAGUAAUUGUACGUUUACCUUAUGGAGAAAAUGGAGGAGAAGCUGUGCUCUGCCAGGUUCAUCUUGAAAUUCCUCCUGAUUCAAAAGAGACCCAAAUGCAGCAGGAUUUCAGAGCACUUAAACUGAGCAAUGCACUGCGAUAUGAAGUACUGACAGAAAUUCUGACAUAUUUGCAACUUAACUGUGAACUUAGUCAAGUUCCACCUCUGACACCAGUGUAUCUUCUGACCACAGGAGAGGAUAUUCGACAAACUUUCCUAAGAUGGCUAUGGCCCAGACUGGACAUGGAAGGUGUAUUUAGGUCACAGAAAGUAUCUUUAAAAGUUGUAACAAUGCAACAACCCGGAAUGGAGGUCACACGUAAUAUCUUGCCCGUCAUCAUAGAAUCGCAAAAAUUCUCAUCAGAAUAUUUUGACCUGAAAAUCUACUGCGAAAAUCUGCAAACUAAUGUCCUAGGUCAAGUAGUUUUCUUCAGUGAAGUCAUCAUAACUACAAUGGAUCUGUUUGAUGGGUUGAUGCUUUCAUUUCCAGAGGAAGUAGGGUUAAUUGCCGUUGCAAUUCGACAAACACAAGGCAAAGGCCGUGGAGGAAAUAUAUGGCUAAGUCCAAUAGGCUGUGCUAUGUUUACUCUACACAUUAGGAUUCCAACCCACUCUAAGCUUGGACACAACAUUUCUUUUGUACAGCACUUAAUGGCUCUGGCUGCAGUGGAAUCUGUGAUAUCCAUGCCAGGAUAUGAGGAUAUUGAUCUGAGGCUUAAAUGGCCAAAUGAUAUUUACUACAGUAAUCUCAUGAAAUUAGGUGGAGUCCUGGUUAAUUCUACUUUGAUGGGAGCAACCUUUCAUGUACUUGUUGGCUGUGGAUUCAACGUAAGCAACAGCAACCCCACGAUUUGCAUCAAUGAUAUCAUCCAGCAACAUAACAAAGAAAGUGGAACAGUUUUGCAGACACUUCGAAUAGACCUACUGAUAGCUAGGACCGUCACUAUCUUUGAAAAUCUGAUGAACAUUUUCCAGGACAAAGGGCCAAAUGGAGUUUUACCACUCUAUUAUAAACGAUGGCUACACAGGAGCCAAAUGUAA